GAGCCCAAGCCACUCCUUCCCAACCACCACACAUAGCAGGGGGCAUAGAUGACCGCCGAGCCCCCGGAAGAGGCUGAAGCCACCAGCAGGCCGGUAUAUGAUCUUCCCGAGGCCUCCGUGGGCAGCGAAGCCGAUGACAACUCUGCAGAAUCGCCUGGAGAGUCCCAAAGUCUGGACUUCCUGCCCGAUGACGUCCCACCGGUAGGCAUCACUGCGGCAUUCUCCGAACAGCAGGAAGUAGACCAGGCCUCUAUCACGACAACCAUCGCCACAGAGAACGAUGAAGAUCAACUCUCCAUUGAGGCUGACACCUUCAUGGGACAGAAUGAAGAGUGGGCCCCCGUGCAGAGUGCCACCUCCAUGGAGCAAUAUGUAGACCAAGUGUCCAUGCAGACUGCCACUCUCAUUGGGCAGGAUAAAGACCAGGCCUCCAUGCAGAUUGCCACCUCUAAGGGACAGGAUGAAGACCAGGCCUCCAUGCAGAUUGCCACCUCUAAGGGACAGGAGAAAGACCAGGCCUCCAUGCAGAUUGCCACCUCUAAGGGACAGGAUAAAGACCAGGCCUCCAUGCAGAUUGCCACCUCUAAGGGACAGGAUGAAGACCAGGCCUCCAUACAGACUGCCACCUCUAAGGGACAGGAUGAAGACCAGGUGUCAAUGCCAAUCUCCCCUUCCAUGGGACAGGAUGGAAAUCAGGCCUCCAUGCAGAUAGCCACCUCCAUCGGGAAAGGUGUAGAGAUAGUCAUCUCCAUGAAUAUGCCAACUUCUGGGGACAAAGAUGAGAACCCAGACGCUCCAAGCCAAAACCAGGAGAAUCCUGAAGAGAACACAUCUCUGUUCCCCCAAGACCCAGGUAUCCUGCAAGUGUUUGUGGGCUUCCAGAACCCAGUGUGGGACAGACUGGCUGAAAAUAACCGCACAACUCGGAGCCGCACAGUUUCCCCAAGUGACUCCCAGAACCAGGAAAAGACACCAGGAAAAGAGCAUGUUCCUGAAGGGCAGCCAGAAAUAGUUCCAGAAGCUGAGGUCCCAUCCGCCCCGCCUGAAGAUGUCCAGCCUUCUGUAGCGGCUACUGACCCAUCCACUUUGAAUACCAGUAGUCCUGACCAAGAACCCAAGGGUAUCACCAACUCUGCUGAGCAUGAAGCUGAAGGUUUCAAGGCCUUGAACCCUGAAAGCAAAGCUAGACAUCCAGGGCCUACCAGGGAGGAUUUAGCUGAUGAAUCAAGCAUCUUGCAGACACCCCCACCUUUCUCCAGCUCCCCAGGUGGCAGUCCACCUCCCUCUCCAGGUCCCGGCCACGUGUCCCUGGGCAGGAACCUUCUAGACCCCAGCCUGUACAGGCCCUAUGUGGAGAAUGACUACAUGCGGUCCAUGACUAGCCUGCUGGGCGGAGGUGAGGGCUCCAUCAGCUCCCUUGCAGACAUCCUGGUGUGGUCAGACACAGCCACGGGCAUGGGCUUGGCUGUCGGCAUGCUGGCUUCAGGCCGCAGCUCUCCAGCUGACAGGCUCCGCGACGAGGGUCCCAGCCUGCGCACUGUCUCCAGUCUCUUGGGCAGUGCCAGGUCAGCUCUCUCCUCUGGAUUGGUGGCUGGAAGUGGCUCAGCCCUGCGCUCAGUCACCCACCUGCUGGAGUCUGUGGAGAGGCGAACUGUAGAAGGCAUCCGGUCAGCUGUUCGCUACCUGGCCAACCACUUCACCUCACGCUGGCCCCGCACUGGCCCCAGUAGUGACUAGAACAGCAAGUCCCCUGCUCCCUCCCCAGCCCUACGCUAGAUAGAUGACUGCCCCAGCCCUUCAGUAAAUAACCACAAGCGUUUAUUUUCUAAUCUCUGCCCUUAUCCAUGCAGUAGGACAACGGAGUAAAGGGGCAGAAGGGGUCCAGAAUGUUCUGGAAUUAAGAAUGCUCAGAGGUUGCUCCAUUCUGGUCAGCUGGGCCCUGACAGGGCUGGGGAAAAGAGUGGAGGGAGUUCCAAAUGGGCGAAAGACAGCUGUGUUUCCACAGGUAACCUGCCUGUUGAGGUUCUGGGAGGCGUAGAGGGUAUUGGGGGAUAGAGUACUAUGCUGGGCCUCACAGAAGGGACACACACCCCUGAGUCCUGUGUAAUCCGUUUACAGACUUCUGGUGUCUCUUGUCCUAGGCCCCAUUCGCUGGCCUCCCUCUCCUCAUCAAUAGAGACAGGAAUGCCACCCCCCCUAUACACACACACACGCCAGUUCCAGAAGACAGAGGGAUACAAUGGAGUUUUAUGUAGUAGUACUCCAUGGGACUGGGCUCGGAGGGUGAUCAAACCAUGGCUUGGACUAAUGGGUAGAAGGAUACUGAGAUGGAUGUAAGGCCAUUAGAUUUCCAGCUGGCCAAGCAGAAUGACUGCCCAACUUCGGCACAGAUAAUUUUUCCAGGAUGUUUGCUCUGGCCUCUGCCAUUCACAUCUUAUAUGUGCAAGGGCGAGAAUCGCAAGCACACCCAGGGCCACUUGUGUUGGAAUCCACAGUCAUCCUCUGACAAGAUCCAGGGCGAUAUCUUGGGCAAAGCCCCAGUCCAAUCCUGCCCUCAGACACAGCCUUACAGCCAGCCAGGGACACCCACCCAUCCAUUCUAACUUUCCUGUGUGUCUCCAGAAGGGGCCCUGGGGAUGAAUCCAGGCUUGGUUUUUUUAAUAUUUAUUUAUUAUGUGUACAAUAUUCUGUCUGUGUGUAUGCCUGCAGGCGAGAAGAGGGCACCAGACCUCAUUA